GACUGACGGAGAGGCGGACGGAGCGCUGGACGGAGGCGCUGAGGGCCGCGGCUGUGUUGAAGCUCGGGCUAGAGCUCAGGUGGGAGAGGCCGCGCUGGGCCGCCGCGGAGCUGCGGGGCCUUCCCAGCUCUUCUUUCGGCGUGGGACACUGUUUUCCGACAAAGCCCCCACUUUGGAGACCACUGAUCUAGUCCAACCCACUCAUUUUGCAGAUGGGGAAACUGAGGUCCAGAGAUGAUGUGAUUUGCCCAAGAUAAAUACUUGCUGAAAGAACAGAUGAAGUAAUUAGAUACUAUUAAAUUGGAAGAAAAAAGGAAGCGAUAAUGCACCAUGGGAACGGUCCUCAGAAUGUCCAGCUCCAGAGGUCCAGGUCCUUCACAGGCAGUGAGGGGGAAGACCAGCCAUCACAUUCAAAUCUGCCCCAGUCCCCUGCAGCUCCAUUUGCUCCUUCAGCAAGCCCAUCUGCACCACAGUCUCCUAGUUACCAAAUUCAGCAGCUUAUGAAUCGAAGUCCAGUAGCUGGUCAGAAUGUAAACAUUACCCUUCAGAAUGUUGGACCAGUAGUUGGAGGAAACCAGCAGAUCACCCUUACCCCUUUGCCAAUUCCCAAUCCUACUUCCCCAGGUUUUCAGUUUAAUUCUCAGCAGAGGAGGUUUGAGCAUGGCUCCCCAUCGUACAUUCAAGUUACCUCCCCUUUGCCCCAACAGGUCCAAUCUCAAAGCCCAACCCAGCCCAGCCCUGGGCCAGUGCAGGCAUUACAGAGUGUACGUGCAGGCACUCCUGGCCCGGGCCUGGGUAUCUGCAGCUCCAGCCCCACUGGAGGCUUUGUGGAUGCCAGUGUCCUUGUGAGACAGAUCAGUUUGAGCCCUUCCAAUGGCGGACACUUUGUGUAUCAGGAGGGCUCAGGCAUUACCCAGAUUGCUCAGGGAGGACAGGUUCAACUCCAGCAUGCUGGGGCCCCUAUUACGGUUCGAGAACGCCGACUUUCCCAGCCCCAUACGCAGACAGGCGGUACCAUUCAUCAUCUUGGACCUCAGAGCCCGGUAGCUAGUGGUGCCAGUAUGCAGCCUUUGACUAGUCCCAGUCACAUUGCGACGACUAGCUUGCCACCCCAGAUCAGUAGUAUUAUUCAAGGACAACUGAUUCAACAGCAGCAAGUACUUCAAGGACAGCAGUUGAAUAGACCUAUGGGGUUCGAGAGACCUUCAGGUGUCUUGAUAUCUGGAGUUGGAGGAUCUUCAGCAUUUGGAAUGACUUCACCACCCCCUGGACCCACCAGCCCUUCUAGAGCCAUUGUGCCCCAGGGUCUUUCCAACCUUCCUCUUGCUCCUGCAGGAAGUAUAGGAGUGAAAAAAGUACCUAAAAAAUUGGAGGAAAUUCCACCAGCAUCUCAAGAAACAGCUCAAAUGAGGAAGCAGUGCUUGGAUCAUCAUUACAGAGAGAUGGAGGCUCUAAAAGAAAACUUUAAGGAGUACUUGAUUGAAUUAUUUUUCUUACAGCAUUUUCAAGGGAAUAUGAUGGAUUUCUUAGCUUUUAAGAAAAAACACUAUGCACCCUUACAAGCAUAUCUUAAGCAAAAUGAUUUGGAUCUUGAGGAAGAGGAGGAGGAGGAAAAAUCUGAGGUUAUCAAUGAUGAGCAACAAAUAAAUACAGGGAACCUAGUGGCAGGGGCUGCAAGUACCAUAGACACGGAGUCCCUUAAGCGACCGCAGACAUUCACACCAGCAGGUAUGUCCAUACAGUCUAAGAGACCUCGGCUUGAAGUGGGUCACCAUGGAGUAGUUUUCCAGCAUCCAGGAGUUACGACAGGAGUGCCUCUGCAGCAGCUAAUGCCUACUGCACAAGGUGGAAUGCCUCCCACUCCUCAAGCUGUACAGCUCACUGGACAGAAACAAAGCCAACAGCAGUAUGAUCCAUCCAAAGGUCCUCCUGUGCAGAAUGCUGCGAGUCUCCAUACUCCUCCACCUCAGCUUCCUGGGCGGCUGCAGCCUGCAAAUGUCCCAGGCACGUCACUCCCAUCAGCCCUGCAGAUCUCACAGCAGCCACAGCAGCAGAUGAUGGAGACCCAGCCCCAACCUCCAAUUCCAGUGAAGACCCACCCACCCAACAUAGCUAUCCCUGCUGCUCCAGCCAGUCAGCCUCCAGCUCCCCUUCCUCAGGCUCUUGCGCCAGCACUCCACGUCCAGGUGCAAGGAAAGACACAGAUGCAGGUGUCUCCUCUUCCACCACAGCCCCAGACUGUGGCAUUAACAAGACCACCUGCAGAUUCUGGCCAGCCUUGUCAGCGUUCUAUACCUGCCUCUUCAUCUACCUCAUCUGCCACACCAGCAAGUCUCUCAGGCCCAGUGCCCUCACCUGCACGAUCAUCGCCAGUAAAUAGACCCUCCCCAGCAGCCAACAAAUCACUGUCUCCCAUUACAUCUCGGUCCCCAGGUGCCACAGUAUCUGUCCCCCCCAAACCUCAGAGUCCAGCUCAAAAUACCACACAAUCCCAGGAUAGUGCCCAAGAGAAAUUGGCUGAACAAGUAACUUUGGAAACCCAAAUCCAUCAAAGAAUCUCAGAAUUGAGGAAGGAAGGUUUGUGGUCUCUCAGACGGUUGCCAAAACUUCAGGAGGCACCACGACCAAAGUCUCACUGGGAUUAUCUCUUAGAAGAAAUGCAGUGGAUGGCAACAGACUUUGCACAAGAGAGGAGGUGGAAAAUGGCAGCUGCAAAGAAGCUUGUCAGAACUGCAGCUCGUUAUCAUGAAGAAAAGAAACUUCAUGAAGAAAGAGGAAAGAAAGAGGAGCAAAACCGAUUAAGACGUAUAGCUGCUUCGACUGCUAGAGAAAUAGAAUAUUUCUGGUCAAAUAUUGAACAGGUUGUAGAAAUAAAACUGCAAGUUGAAUUAGAGGAGAAAAGGAAGAAAGCUUUAAAUUUACAGAAACCAUUCAAGAGAGGAAAAGAUUCAAGGCCUAAGGGACCUCAUGCUUUUCCAGAGCAUUUUAUGGAUUCUGGGAUUUCUGGAAGAAAAAUAAAAGUUAGCACAUCCUUAACUGAUGAUGAAGUGGAAGAUGAAGAGGAAACAAUUGAAGAGCAAGAGGCAAAUGAAGGAAAUAUUGAUCAUCAAAUAGAACUCUCUAAUUUAGCCAAAGAAGCUGAAUUGCCCUUAUUUGACCUAAUGAAGUUAUAUGAAGGUGCCUUUAUGCCAAGUUCUCAGUGGCCACAGCCUAAGCUUGACAGUGAGGAGACCAGCGAAGAAGAAGACACAGAAGACUCUACAGAUGACAGAAUUUGUCAGAAGGAAACAGUUCUCAUUGAUUCGCUUCUCAUCAUUGAUCAGUGUAAGAGUGUGGAGAGACCAAAUAUGAAACCAAACACAAGAGACAUAACUGAAGUAGCUGCUGUGGCAGAGGCUGUACUGCCCAAAGGCAGUGCUCGGAUCAUGACGUCGAUCAAUUUUAAUACUCCGUCUUUGCUGUAUGGAGCAUUAAGAGAAUAUCAGAAGAUUGGACUAGAUUGGUUAGCCAAACUAUACAGAAAGAAUCUCAAUGGCAUAUUGGCAGAUGAUGCUGGACUUGGCAAAACUGUACAAGUUAUUGCUUUUUUUGCACAUCUAGCUUGUAAUGAAGGUAAUUGGGGCCCCCACCUUGUGGUUGUAAGAAGUUGCAACAUACUAAAAUGGGAGCUUGAAUUGAAACGUUGGUGCCCUGGGCUAAAAAUCCUUUUAUACUUUGGCAGUCAUAGAGAACUUAAAGCAAAGAGACAGGAAUGGACUGAACCCAACAGCUUCAAUAUAUGCAUAACCUCCUAUAAGCAGUUCUUUAAAGGCCAUCAAGCCUUCAUGAAAGUGAGGUGGAAAUAUUUAGUCAUUGAUGAGAUGCAGCAAGUAAAGAACAUGACUGAAAAGCACUGGGAGGCAGUUUUCAAUCUACGAAGCCAAUUACGCCUACUCCUGAUUGACACACCUUUGCAUAACACCUUGAUGGAACUGUGGACCAUGGUGCACUUUUUGAUUCCUGGAAUUUCUAGACCUUAUCAGAACUUUCCAGUAAAACCAGCUAAUGAGGAGAGCCAAGAUUAUUACCAUAAAGUGGUCAUAAGGUUGCACAGAGUAACUCAGCCAUUUAUUUUGAGGAGAACUAAAAGGGAUGUUGAUAAGCAGCUGACAAAGAAAUAUGAACAUGUGUUAAAGUGUCGCCUUUCUAGUCGCCAGAAGGCCUUGUAUGAGGAUGUUAUCCUGCAGCCCAGAACUCAAGAGGCUCUUAAAAGUGGACAUUUUGUCAAUGUCCUAAAUAUUCUAAUGAAGCUUCAGAGGAUAUGCAAUCAUCCUGGUCUGAUAGAUCCUAGGCUUCCUGGCUCUUCUUAUGUUUUGGAAACAUUGGAAUAUAGAUCUGCUUCUCUGAUUUUAAAGGCAUUGGAAUGUGGUUUUUGGAAGGAAGCAGAUCUUUCUAUAUUUGAUCUCAUUGGAUUAGAAAAUCAAACCACUCAUUAUGAGGCACAAGUAUUGUCAAAGAAAAAGAUAACCCGAAAACUUAUUGAAGAAAUCUUCAGUUCAUCACCACCACCAGCCAGACCGAAUGCAGUGAAACUGAAACCCAGCAAGUUAUUUCAACCUGUGCAGUAUGGCCAGAAGCCUGAGGGGAGGACAGUAGCUUUUCCAAGUACACAAAGCUCCUCACGUACAGUGUCUGCAGCUGCUGCUGCUGCCGCCGCUGCAGUAACUUCCCAGGGACAGGUUCGAGGAAGAUCACCAAUUGCCACAUUUUCGGCCAAUCAGGAUGCAAAAGCGGCCGCAGCACAGUUUCAGACAUCUCAGGCUCCUACCAGUGCUCCAAGACACCAGCCAGCAGCGACCUUCACCACAGCAACUAGCACAGCCAAUCCUGUGAAACAGCGGGGUCAGAACUCAGCCCAGGCCUCCCAGCUAGGCCAGGCCCAGCCCCAGCCCCAGGCCCCCUCGCACACCAUCCAACAGAGUGUGCUUCCUCAGAGGCUGGUACUGACCUCUCAGGCCCAGGCACGGUUGCCUAGUGGUGAGGUGGUGAAAAUUGCCCAGUUGGCUUCCAUAGCAGGGACCCAGAAUCGAGUUGCUCAACCUGAGACCCCCGUGACCUUGCAAUUCCAAGGGAACAAGUUUACCUUGUCACACAGUCAGCUCCGACAGCUUACUGCAGGCCAGCCCCUACAAUUACAAGGAAGUGUUCUGCAGAUUGUCUCUGCUCCAGGACAACAGUAUCUGCGCCCUCCAGGCCCAGUCGUUAUGCAGACAGUGUCACAGGCUGGUGCUGUCCAGAAUGCUUUGAAUGCCCUGGGAAACAAGAACCAAGCAAAUGUUCCAAGUUCCACACCAGGAACUCCACCAGUAGGUGUUCCAGGGAGAACAGCAGUUAAUUCCUUGACAUCAGGAGAAGCUGGACUAGUAUCAAAAAUGGCCGGUCCUGUAGGAGGCCCCACACAGGAGGAAAAGAAUAGAAUUUUGAAAGAGCGACUGGACCGAAUUUAUCUGGGCAAUGAGCGGCGCUGUUCCAGAACUCCUGUCUAUGGCAGCGAUUUGUUAGGAAUUUGCUCUCUGAUUAGUUGGAAGAAGACACCUCUGCGUGGGUCUGCAGAGAGAAAUAAAUGGCGCUGGACUGGGAUGGUGAACUGUUGUGCUUCAUCCUCAAGAAAUCCAACUGAUGUACUUCAGUGUCUGAUGUUGACAUUAGAACAACGAAGAGAAUCCCUCCAUGAUGUUGUUAAUAGGGUGGCCUGUGUGCUUCCAGCUGUAGUGGCUGCUCCUCCUUGCUUGUAUGUGGCCAAACCACCCCCCUCCUACAGCCACAAAAUGAAGAUUUUCAGACACUGCCUGAAGGAGCAGACUGCUCCCUAUUUACGGCAACUGCAUCAGAUAACAAACCUCAAGGUAUUGCAGUUUCCUGAGCUCAGACUGGUGCAGUAUGAUUCAGGAAAGCUGGAAGCUUUAGCUAUCUUACUUCAGAAGCUAAAAUCUGAGGGACGACGGGUGCUGAUCUUAUCACAGAUGAUUCUAAUGUUAGACAUUUUGGAAAUGUUCUUGGACUUCCAUUAUCUUACCUAUGUAAGAGUUGAUGAAAAUGCUAACAGUGAACAACGCCAGGAAUUAAUGAAGAGUUUCAACAAAGACAAGCGGAUAUUUUGCGCCAUUCUUUCUACCCACAGUCGCUCUACAGGUAUAAAUCUUGUAGAAGCUGACACAGUUGUGUUUUAUGAUAAUGAUUUAAAUCCGGUGAUGGAUGCAAAGGCUCAAGAAUGGUGUGAUAGAAUUGGGAGAAGCAAGGACAUACACAUAUACAGGCUUGUGAGUGGCAAUUCCAUAGAAGAGAAAUUGUUGAAAAAUGGAACUAAAGAUUUGAUAAGAGAGGUUGCUGCUCAAGGAAAUGACUACUCCAUGGCAUUUUUAACUCAGCAAACUAUCCAGGAGCUAUUUGAUGUUCACUCUCCUGUAGAAGACUCUGGUUUCAGAGUUAAAGCUGAAGAAUUUGUUGUUCUUCCUCAGGAGCCCUCUGCCUCCGAAGCAAUUGCACCUAAAAUCGCAAGGCCUUUUAUAGAGGCCCUUAAGAGUAUCGAAUAUUUGGAGGAUGACACCCCAAAAUAUGAAGAAACAAGUGUGUCUGAAACAAAUGCUGAUAUUCUGUCCUCAGAAUUGGAUGAUUCAAGAGUUAUUGAAGAACCUUCUCAGUUAGAAGAAUUAGCUGACUUUAUGGAACAGCUCACACCAAUUGAGAAGUAUGCUUUGAAUUAUCUUGAAUUAUUCCAUGCUUCCAUUGAUCAGGAAAAACCAAGAGACACUGAGGAGGUAGCAAUAGCUUCAAAGGAGUGGGAAUCCAAUAAUAUGAAACGACUUAAAGAGAGGGACGCCACAGCACUUUUAGAAGAGGAGGAGGAAGAAUUAUUGACAUACACCAGAGAAGAUGCCUACAAUAUGGAAUAUGUUUAUGAAGAUACCGGUGGGCAGACAGAAAUUAUGCCACUUUGGACUCCUCCCACUCCUCCUCAGGAUGACAAUGACAUCUAUAUUGACUCAGUCAUGUGUCUGAUGUAUGAGAACACUCCCAUCCCUGAAUCUAAACUGCCACCUGUGUAUGUGCGGAAGGAGCGUAAGCGACACAAGACAGAUCCCUCUGCUGUUGGUCGGAAGAAGAAGCAGCGCCAUGGAGAGGCUGUCAUUCCACCUCGAUCUCUCUUUGACCGGGCGACUCCAGGGAUGUUGAAGAUGAGGCGAGAGGGCAAAGAGCAGAAGAAGAAUAUUCUGUUGAAGCAACAGACUCAGUUUGCUAAACCUUUGCCAACUUUUGUCAAGCCAACAGCGGAGUCUGGGCAGGACAACCCAGAGUGGCUCAUUAGUGAAGAUUGGGCACUGCUGCAGGCUGUAAAACAGCUUCUUGAGCUUCCUUUAAAUCUCACCGUUGUGUCACCCGCACACACCCCUAAUUGGGAUCUUGUUAGCGAUGUUGUUAAUUCCUGUAGCCGAGUUUACCGCUCUUCCAAACAGUGUCGAAAUCGCUAUGAGAAUGUCAUCAUUCCAAGAGAAGAGGGAAAGAGCAAAAACAACCGUCCUCUUCGAACAAGUCAGAUCUAUGCUCAAGAUGAGAAUGCUACCCACACCCAGUUGUACACAAAUCACUUUGAUUUAAUGAAAAUGACUGCUGGGAAGAGAAGUCCCCCAAUCAAGCCUUUACUUGGCAUGAAUCCUUUCCAGAAGAACCCAAAGCAUGCCUCAGUCCUAGCAGAGAGUGGAAUCAACUAUGACAAACCCUUGCCUCCAAUUCAGGUGGCAUCUUUGCGUGCUGAGCGAAUUGCAAAAGAGAAAAAGGCUUUGGCUGAACAGCAGAGGGCCCAGCAGCAGACUGGAACACAGCCCCCCCAGCAGCAGCAGCAGCCUGGGCAGCAGGGAACAACAGGGCAACAGACAGGCCAGGCCCAGCCUCAGGCCCAGCCUCCUGGGGUUCAACAGCAACAACAGCAGCAGCAGCAACAGCAACAACAGCAGCAACAGCAGCAAACAAAGGUGCAGACUACAAUUACCACUGUGGCCAGCACAGCAGUAUUGGCUGGAACAAUUAAAACAUCAGCUACUGGGACAAGCAUGCCAACUGGAACAGUUAGCGGGAAUGUUAUUGUGAACACAAUAGCUGGAGUUCCCGCUGCUACCUUUCAGUCAAUUAACAAGCGUAUUGCUUCACCAGUUGUGCCUGGAAAUUUAACAACAACAGGCAGUGCUUCUCCUGCUCAGGUGGUUCAUGCACAGCCUCGGACAGUUGCCACACCUGCUGCAUCCACUGAACUGGUCUCACUAGCGUCCACACAGGGGGUUCGAGCGGUCACUUCUGUGACAGCCUCUGCCGUGGUCACCACCAACCUAACUCCUGUGCAGGCUCAGACCAGGUCGUUAGUGACUCAGGUGACUCAAGCCACAGGAGUUCAGCUUCCUGGCAAAGCAAUCACUCCAGCCCAUUUCCAGCUUCUCAGACAGCAGCAGCAACAGCAACAGCAGCAGCAGCAGCAGCAACAGCAACAGCAGCAACAGCAGCAGCAGGCAGCUCAGGUUCAAGUCCCACAGAUCCAGGGCCAGGCCCAAUCCCCUGCCCAGAUGAAAGCUAUGGGGAAGCUAACACCGGAACACCUGAUCAAAAUGCAGAAACAGAAACUCCAGCUGCCCCCACAGUCAGGACCUCAGCAGCAGGCUCAGCCAGGAGCCCAGCCACAGGCAACCCAAGUACAGGUACAGCAGCAGCAACAGCAGACCCCACAGCUGGCAACAGUGGCAGCCCCAAGGCCUGGGGCUCUUCUCACGGGCACAACUGUAGCCAACCUCCAAGUUGCUCGUCUUACUCGGGUUCCUACAUCACAGUUACAAGCUCAGGGUCAGAUCCAAGCCCAAACAACUCAGACAGCUCAAGUGGCUUUGGCAAAACCACCAGUUGUAUCUGUUCCAGCAGCUGUUGUAUCAUCAGCUGGGGUCACAACACUUCCUAUGAAUGUUGCUGGCAUUAGUGUUGCUAUUGGACAGCCACAGAAAACAGCAGGGCAAACCGUGGUUGCACAACCUGUUCAUGUCCAGCAGCUUUUGAAGCUCAAGCAACAAGCUGUUCAACAGCAGAAAGCCAUCCAGCCCCAGGUGGCUCAAGGUCAAACUCCUGUACCACAAAAGAUAACUGCACAACAGAUAACAGCCCAAGGCCAACAACAGAAAGUAACCUAUGCUACCCAGCCAGCAAUUAAAACCCAGUUUCUUACUACACCUAUUUCGCAGGCUCAGAAAUUAGCAGGGACCCAGCAAGUACAGACCCAGAUACAAGUUGCAAAGCUUCCUCAAGUAGUCCAACAGCAAACAGCUGUGGCCAGUAUUCAGCAAGUGGCAUCUGCUUCUCAGCAGGCGUCACCACAGACCGUGACACUCUCUCAAGCAACAACUGCAGGUCAGCAGGUCCAAAUGAUCCCUGCAGUGACUGCAACAGCUCAGGUGGUUCAGCAGAAACUCCUCCAACAGCAGGUGGUGACAACAGCCUCCACGCAGCUUCAGGCCCCAGGUGUACCCAACCCCGCCCAGGGGCCAGCCAGCUCUGAUGGCCAGAGUCAGCAGGCUAAGUUACAAAUGAGAAUGUCGACUGUCAGGUUAAAGACAGCUAACAAGCCUAGUUGAGCCAAGCAUGGGAAAAGCGGGGAUAUUUGUUUUCUUUGGUCAAGCUCCAGCUGCAAAAUAGGCACACCCUUAUAUUUCAUGGUCUUAAGGCAGAAAACCACUGUCUUCAUAGAGGACAUUUUAUUUAUUUCUGAACCUUGGAAACCUUCUCACCCAAAACACCCGACCUUUGGAAAACUCUUGUCAAAACAAAGUAGUGUAAUUAUUUUAUUAAAGUGUAUCCUUCUCUUACAGAAAAGUGAUCCUUCCUGAAAGCCUCUCUGUACUGUAUUAACUAAUGGAAACAGUGACCAUGGUGAUCAGUACUCUCCUUCUUCAUUCAUGGCAGUGUU